UUGAGAAAAAAGCACGUCGUUUUUUUUUUGUUUUUUUAGUUUUUUCGAAAUUCAGAAUCCUAAAUUUUUGAGACACGUUAUCCCGACUUUUCUUUCCUUGUUUCACUGACUAAAAAUUUAAAUUAAACACUACUUACAAUGGAAUAACAAGACAAAGAUGAGACAUUUUUUACGACGCUGAGUUGACAAAGUUUGCAUUUUUUGGGAGGGUAAAACACAGAAGCACAAAAUGGAUCCGGAGACCAGCGAGCCCCGCGGUUUGGCCAAAUCCGCCGCGGUGAAACUCUCAGAAAUGGGUGCGAAGACCAAACAGCUCGGCACGGCCAUGAAGGAUCCGCAUCAGCAGCGACGCAUUAUUCUCGUUAUCGUUUGCGUUGCUCUGCUCUUGGACAAUAUGCUUUACAUGGUCAUCGUGCCGAUUAUUCCGGAUUACCUCGCCGAUUUGGAGAGCGAACAGAGCGAGCACGUGCACAUCGUUUUGCAUCCCAACAGCACGCUACACCCCACUCCAAAUUCGCCGCCGAAAAACAACCUGGACAUUCAAAUCGGCGUUUUGUUUGCAUCCAAGGCCAUACUGCAGCUCAUCGUCAACCCAAUCAGCGGGACUUUUAUCGAUCGGGUCGGUUACGAUAUCCCUUUGCUAAUCGGUUUAAUGGUCAUGUUCGUUUCGACGUGCAUUUUCGCGUUCGCGGAAAACUACGCCACGCUGUUUAUCGCGAGGAGUUUGCAAGGUUUAGGAUCGGCGUUCGCGGACACUUCGGGUUUAGCCAUGAUUGCCGAUAAGUACACGGAAGAAGCGGAGAGAAGCCGUGCGCUGGGAAUCGCUCUUGCGUUCAUAUCGUUCGGAAGUCUCGUGGCGCCCCCUUUUGGCGGGAUCCUGUACGAGUUCGCCGGGAAAAGAGUGCCGUUCAUCGUCCUGGCUUGCAUAUGUUUGGCGGACGGAUUUUUGCUUCUUACCAUCAUAAGACCGUUAACGAAUCGAACUCGCGAAAACAUGCCGGUGGGGCCUCCGAUCUACAAACUCAUGAUCGAUCCGUACAUCGCCGUAGUCGCCGGCGCGCUCACCGUAUGCAACAUCCCGCUGGCGUUUCUCGAACCGACUAUCGCGAGCUGGAUGGAAACCACGAUGCACUCUUCGCAGUGGGAAAUGGGGCUCACAUGGCUUCCCGCGUUCUUCCCGCACGUUUUUGGCGUUUACAUCACCGUCCGAUUAGCGGCGAAAAACCCGAAUCUGCAGUGGUUCUACGGCGCGCUCGGCAUGGUCAUAAUCGGCGCGAGCUCGUGCACGGUUCCCGCUUGUAAAACCUUUGGCCAGCUGAUCGCGCCGUUAUGCGGGAUAUGUUUCGGGAUCGCGCUCGUAGACACCGCGCUGCUUCCAACUUUGGCGUUUUUGGUCGACGUUCGCCACGUUUCGGUUUACGGCAGCGUCUACGCCAUCGCGGAUAUCUCGUAUUCCGUCGCGUACGCCAUGGGUCCGAUCGUCGCCGGGCAAAUUGUGCAUAACUUGGGUUUCGUUCAGUUGAAUCUAGGCAUGGGUUUGAUAAACGUCCUGUACGCGCCGGCUUUGCUCAUGCUGAGAAACGUUUGCCAAAUGAAACCGUCGUAUUCUGAAAGAGACACUUUACUGGAGGACGGUCCGCAGGGGCUGUACGACACGAUUCGGAUGGAGGAGCGGAGAGGGAAGAAGAAAAACUGCGUAAACGUCGACGGGAACGGAGUGGACGCGUGGAGUGGAGUUCAACGGUCGAUGUCGGAAGAGUCGUUUGGGAAUGAUUUCACUUAAAGGGACGGUGCAAUGGUUAAAAUGGGCUUCUAUGAGAGACUUUACAGAGGUAAGGUCGUACGAAGACGUUAAUCGGAGUUCGGAAAAGCAAACAGGAGUCGACAAAAGUUUUACUAAACAAUCUAGACACAAAAACGCACAAUUUACCGCACUUUUAAUCAUAAUUUCUUAACAUGUAUCAUAUUUAUUCAAGCGUAACUUUUUACAUUUC